AGCUUGAAGAGAAGUGAAAUCAAUCAUUCACCCACAGGUUUUAACACUGAGGAGAGACGCAGCCGGCCACUGCAAACUUAUUUUUUUUUUCUCUCUUGUCUGAUGGAAAAUUAAAUGCCACAGGCUGCUGUUUCAGAGCGCAGUCUCCUUUUUACUCGCAUCUCGUUUUUAAGUACAGAAGAAAAAAAAUGGUGACAGGAGUGUUAAUUUGUAUUUUAUAUAUAUAUACAUACAUUUAUAUAUACCUGUGAGACAUUUGUGUGUUUGUGAAGCAGGGUGUAAUAAGGAAGUUGACUCUACUUUUCUUCCCCUCCCCAGUGAAGAGAAAGUGAAAAUCUUGUUCAACUAGUUUUUGAAGUGUGGCGUGUGUUAGACCCGGAAACCUGAUAUCCCCUGUAAAUAUUAGUGGUUCAUGGUGGUAAUAUUGUAUUGUGAAUAUUGUAAAUGCUGUUAUUUUUCUUCUUAUUCUCCUUCUUAUUUUUUUUGUAUAUCACUUUUAUCCCUUUUUUUUUUAAAAAAAAAAAGCACCUUAUUGAUUAGGACUAUUUUCUUGAUCACAGGUGGCAGUGGGAAAGAAUAUAAGUGCACUGAUCAUGUAACUUGAGUGCUGUUUUUUUGUUCUCUGACAUAGGUCUCUCUUUAGUCUGUGCUUACUUUGAUGCAGCGUUCGCAUUUAGUUGGUAACCAUGCUAUUUUCGGUGGCUCAGUGGUCUGUUAAAAGUGUGGUUGUUCCGCCCAGCAGGAGUCUUGCCUCAGACUGGCCUAAAAUGGGCAGAAAUGGUGCUGAACAAAAGCUGCUUGUCGCUCGUACAAAAGUACUUGAAGCGUUGCAGCCGGGACCAAGCUGCUAUGCUAUUGCCUGUGCCUCUCAACAGGAAAGAGAGACAACAUGUUCCCGAAGGGCACCAAGCGCAAGUUCUCAGACUCCGGGGAGGAGCCGGUCUCCAGCGGCGACCAGAGCGCUGCGGCGGCGGCGGCAGCGGCGGCCACGUCUGCGGCGGUUCGGACGCUGUCGUCCUCUUACAGCCUGCAGAGGCAGUCGCUGCUCGACAUGUCGCUGAUCAAGCUGCAGCUCUGUCACAUGCUGGUGGAGCCCAACCUGUGCCGCUCCGUGCUCAUCGCUAACACCGUGCGGCAGAUCCAGGAGGAGAUGACCCAGGACGGCACCUGGCAGAUAAUGACCCAGGCCCUGGCGGCCGCUCAGUGUCCCGCCGACCGCCUCGUAGCCACCGAGGUGCUCUGCCGACAGACGGACGCGGCGGCUCAGGCGGGUCAGAGCCCCAAACCCUUCUCCGUGGUCGGCCUGGAGGAAGGCUACCACGCGGAGGAGGUGGUGAUGGAGGGCGACGUGGAGACCGAGGUCACCAUGUCCACUCUGUCCCCCGUCUCCCCCCAGCUGUCCUCCGCUUCUUACCUGGCCGGCCCUUUCGGCAUGGGACCCUGCUGGGAGGAGGAAGAGGAAGACGGUGAUUGCGAGGAUGACGAAGAGGAGGACAGCGAGGAGUGCGUGUCGGAGGGAGAGGAGGUGGAGCGGGACACCCUGACCGCAGAGUCCAGGACGGGGGAGCAGGUUUUUGGGACUUUCGAGAUCAAGCACCCGACGCCGCCCCCUGACCCUGCUCUCGAAGAACUGUUUUCAGACGUGGACCCAUCUUACUAUGACCUAGACACGGUGCUGACGGGCAUGCAGAGCGCUCCGAAGAUGGGACCUUACGACCUGCUGGAAAGCCUCUCAUCUCACGCGCCGACGGCCCUGAGCUCCAGCUCGAGCUGUAGGUCAGACCUGAACGAACUGGACCACAUUAUGGAGAUCAUAGUGGGAUCCUGAAACUCAGAACAUUCCUCUGGCCUGUACUGAUCCCACAGACUCUUACCAGACUAUGCACAGUACACAUGUGCGUGUUCUGAAUGUGGUAUUUUUACACGUGGAGAUAGUUGGCGGUUUUGGGACAAGGUGGGAAAUUAACAGCGAGCCACAUCGGUUAAAGGAUUGGCUGAGUUAGUAGUUAGUCUGCUCCGAUAGUGGCCAGUAAGCCAACCAGGCAGCGGCCGUCGGGACAUUUAAUCUUGUAUUAAAAGAAAUAAAUGUAAUUGGCAGGUAAAAGUAGC